AUGGGUAAAGCCGCCGGUACAUCAAUACAGCCCCGCCGUAGGCCCCGUCGUCUUGUGCAGCGGGCUGGGGCCGAGGCCCCCGCUGCUUUAGCAGCCCUAAUCCCUACUGAUUCCAGGUGGGGAGAUUACCGUAGUUUAUACUACAUAGAAGAGGGAGAAACGAAAUUGCGCCCACGGGCUACACCACAUAGAAGUUGGACUCUUGUAGCUGAAGUAUGUUGGCAGGCACAAGGUUGCGGGGGGCCGGAGGCCCCCAUACCAAAGGCCAAGAUGAGCGCUUCUAAACAGGGGGCUAAUAAUCCUAUGCACGGUCGUGCCUCACAUAAUGCAAAGGCUGUUUACUUGUACGAGCUUAAAGCUAAGGCUCUGAUUGUUCUUCAAAGUUUUCCUAAUACGCUUUCUAAGCAAGUUACAUUAGGGGUUACCCUUGCUAACUUAGCACUUAGCCUUGUCCUUUGGGGGGAAUUUGACGGCAAUUCGGGGGAGUAUCAGUUUGUGCAGGAAUUGAGUUAUGUAACGGAGUGGCAGAUUAAAUUAGGGGUCGAUGGUCUCUCACUCUUGUUCGUAAUACUUACUUGCUUUAUCAUCCCUUGUUCUAUUCUAGCUUCUUGGGCUUUACCCACUCCAAGAACUUACCACGAAUUAUUGCAAUCUUGGCCCCUGAUCGAAGUCGUAAGGGUCCGUUUGAGGGGCAUCCCUACUCUACUUGAUAUCCCGAGAACCUCACAUUACCUAAUGGGGCUACUUCUGGUUGAUCGCAACAAGGUCAGAGCCAGUUACCUUUUGUUCUUAUACACCCUAUCUGGUUCCCUCUUUAUGUUACUAGCUAUCUUAAGCAUAUAUAUGGCAGCAGGGACUACUGAUUAUCUGCUGCUAACUACUGGUGAGUUCACCUCUUCUGUUCAAUAUGCUCUCUGGUUAGGUGUUUUCCUAGCUUUAGCAAUCAAAUCCCCUAUCAUCCCUCUUCACAUUUGGCUGCCUCUCGCUCACAGUGAAGCUCCCUUAGCUGGGUCCAUUUUAUUAGCAGGGAUAGUCUUAAAAAUGGCUACUUACGGCUUCUUGCGUAUCUUGGUCACUCUUCUUCCAGAGGCCUCUGAGUUCUUCACUCCUUUAGUUUACACUCUAUGUCUUAUCAGUAUUCUUUACUCUUGUUUAAGUACUCUUCGACAAAGCAACUUAAAAAGUAUCAUUGCUUACAGUAGUAUAGGACACAUGGCUAUUGCUAUAUUGGGGGUUUUCUCUAAUACAACAUUAGGCAUCGAAGGUGGCCUUUUACUUGGUUUUGCCCACGGGCUAGUAAGCCCUGCUCUGUUUGUUUGCGUUGGUAUCAUUUAUGAACGCUGGCACACAUUGAUAAUCCUGUAUUUCCGAGGUCUAACAACGAUUAUGCCACUCUUUGCCCUUCUUUUCUUUAUCUUCUGCUUGGCUAACAUGGGAGUACCGUUGACUGCCAACUUUUUAGGGGAGUUCUUAUCUUUAACUGGGGGGUUUAACCGAAACCCCGUCUUAGUCGGGUUAGCUGCUUCCUCAAUGGUGCUUGUUGCUGGUUAUUCUAUCUGGCUCUAUAAUAGAGUGUGUUUCGGGUCUUUAUCGCCUUAUCUUCGUGCUACAUUGG